CUUCGUUUCUUCUCACUUUCUUGUUUCGACAACCAUCCAAGAUGCGCCCACCGUUGGCUGUAUUCGGAGCGCUGCGGCGCACACUCCCAGCCUUCAAUGCUGCUGAAACGUUUGUGUGUCGCAAGAGCGUACACAAUAAGGCUCAGACUGGUUACAAGUCUGGGUACAAUUCUAUUCGCCAGACUCCCUUCCUGAACGCCUUCCGUUCUCGUGCUGCUCCCGCAAGACAGCAAUCCACAACAGCCCCCUCCGCCUCCCCGCUAUCCGAAUUGAGCAGGUCAAUUGGUCAACAGACAUCUGCUCCUGCAAAGAAGAGUUCGUUCCCUGAGGUCACAGACAAAAAGGUGGGAUACUGGUUGCUGGGCAGUGCUGUCAGUGUGUUUGGUAUCGUCAUCUUUGGUGGUCUUACCAGACUGACCGAAUGCAGUCUGAGUAUCACCGAAUGGCGACCCGUCACUGGUUCUCUCCCUCCCAUGAACGCUGAGAAAUGGGAAUCCGAAUUCGCUCUCUACCGUGCCUCUCCCGAAUUCAAGCUUCUCAACCCCCGUAUGACAUUGGAAGAGUUCAAACAAAUCUACUGGAUGGAAUGGAUCCACAGACUGUGGGGUCGUUUCAUUGGCAUCACCUUCCUGCUACCUACCGCAUACUUCAUCGCUCGCCGUCGCGUAUCUGCUGCCAUGGCUCUUAAGCUCACCGGUAUCUGCGGUCUGAUCGGUUUCCAAGGUGUCAUUGGCUGGUGGAUGGUUGCAAGUGGUCUCAAGGAUGACCUGUUUGCUCCCGGAAGCCAUCCUCGUGUCAGUCAAUACCGCCUUACUGCUCAUUUGGGCACUGCCUUCAUCUGCUACCUCGCCAUGUUCUGGAACGCCUUGACCAUCUUCCGCGAGAACCGUCUUCUGGCCAACCCCCAAGAGUCAUCCAAGAUUCUCAAGCAGAUGAUGGUACCUGAACUCAAGUUCUUCCGCCGAAGUGUCGGCGCCCUUCUGGUUCUAGUCUUCGCCACUGCCAUGUCUGGAGGUCUUGUCGCUGGCCUCGAUGCUGGUCUCAUCUAUAACGAGUUCCCCUACAUGGGUCUUGGUCUGACUCCACCCAAGAAGGAGUUGUUCGACCCCUUUUACAGCCACGUUCCUGACCACUCCGAUCUCUGGUGGCGCAACAUCCUCGAGAACCCUUCUCUCGUUCAGCUUGAUCACCGCAUCAUGGCUACCACCACUUUCACCGCUGUCAUGGCUCUCUGGGCUUACACUCGCUUCAACCCUCGCGUCCGCGCUUUGAUGACUCCUGGCGCCAGCAAGGGUAUGCGCGGUGUCGUUCACCUCGUUUGGCUCCAGGUCGCUCUUGGAAUCUCAACUCUGCUGUACAUGGUUCCUGUUCCUCUGGCAUCUGCUCACCAGGCUGGUGCUCUGGCCUUGUUGACCGGCACCAUGGCUCUCGGCAGCCGUGUCUGGUUCCCCAAGCGCGCUGCUAAGCUUGUCGCUCAAAGACUUGCCGCAGGAGCUCCCCGCCCUUCCGCCAUUGGCAAGAGAGGCCCUGAUGCCAUGCUCGCUGCUCGCACUGGUAUGCCCGCUCGUGCGUAAGCUGCAAGCAUGAUGACUUUUUGAUUGUACUUAUCAUUUCCACUCUUCACAUGUACAAAAACAACAACGUAUCACUUUUUGGGAUAAGGAGUUUUUAGAUGGUUGGUUCUUUUUACGAAACGCAUAGCGGGUGGUGUACAUUUCUUCCAUAGACUCAAGAGGUAUUAGCCUCUCACAUGUAUUCACUACGACUUUUUUCUUC